AUGUCGUCAAAUAGCCCAACCACAAGACUCGGAACCGAAGGUUCCAAAAACAACCCCCAUUUUGGUUCUCGUCUAUCACCUAAUCCAUCACCCGACUUAUCACAGCCUAAUCGCAGCAUGUCACUCACCACAGCCAAGCGCAAGUACACCAUUCCAUCGCUUGAAGACCAUAAUAUGACAGCCGCGUUGCAUGAGAUCGACUCACUGUCGUCUUUCGUGCCCGCUGGGAAAAAGCCUGUGCUGGCCAGGGUGGUUUUGACAGGAGGUAUGUAA